AAAAACAUUAGCAAAAAAUUUGGUUUUCCAUUUCCACUGUCUUUCCUUAUUUCAUUCUCCUCUCAUUCUCACUAACUUUCAGCUUUCCGCUCACUUUCCGAAAAUUCCGUAAUCCUUACUCCGCCCUUAAUUUAGCAAAAAGAAAUUAAAUUCAAAAACCAAACAAAAGAUCAUUUCUUCUCAUUGUAGCUCUACAGAAUUGCACUCCACUCAUUUCUUCAUCUUCUUCUUCAGAAUUGCACUACACUCAAUCACUCAUUCUUAGUUAAGAAAAGAGAUCAGUAGAAGAAAAUGACAAGAAGAGUAGAUGAAGAGUAUGAUUAUCUGUUCAAAGUAGUACUCAUUGGUGAUUCAGGUGUUGGUAAAUCAAAUCUUCUUUCUCGAUUCACUCGUAAUGAAUUCUGUUUAGAAUCAAAAUCUACCAUUGGUGUUGAAUUCGCUACUCGUACGCUUCAGGUUGAGGGAAAGACGAUAAAAGCACAAGUAUGGGACACUGCAGGCCAAGAAAGAUACAGAGCCAUAACUAGUGCAUACUACAGAGGGGCACUUGGAGCUAUUCUUGUCUAUGACACAACUAAACCCACAACAUUUGAGAAUGUCACCCGUUGGCUAAAGGAGUUGAGGGAGCAUGCUGAUUCAAACAUUGUCAUUAUGUUGAUUGGAAACAAAACUGAUCUUAAGCACCUCCGUGCAGUUGCAACAGAAGAUGCUCAGAGCUUUGCCGAAAAGGAAGGAUUGUCAUUCAUUGAAACCUCGGCUCUUGAGGCAAUAAAUGUUGAAAAGGCUUUCCAAAAUAUAUUAGGAGAAGUAUACCGGAAAAUUAGUAAGAAGUCCAUUUCUUCCAAGGAUUCUACAGCUACAAGUAUAAAAGAAGGAAAAACCAUUGACGUUUCAGAUACAUCAGAUGUUAUCCCUAGGAAAACAUGUUGUUCUUCCUCGUAGAGAGGUAAGGAUCUUCAGUGCUAUUUAAUUACUUAUCAAGUUGGGUGAACAAGGCUCACCACUAUCUGGACAUUAUACCUGGACCGAUGGAUGAAAGGAAUGUGUUGGCAUCCAUUCCCCACUUUUGAAAUUCUGCACUGUCUUUUGGUAAAUUGUGAAUUUGUGCUUUUGUUCAUUUGUUAUUUUUUUUCUUGGGUUUGUUUCCUCUUGGGGUACUUGAUUCCUUAACGAGGUAUUUAUGUUUUUAGUCCAUUUCCGAAAUAUUUUCUUUGUUCAUUCAUAAAUCAGAUUAAAGGAAAAACAGAUUGUAUUCAGUCCAGAAAAUAGUCAUUUUAAGCAUAUGUAACUGGUAUUGUUCUU